UCUCAAAGUCCAGCAGGGGGAGAGCAGCUGGAGCCCUGCCUCCCACUGGCUGCCAUGGGGAUUUGGGGAUUUGCUUCCUGACUAGGAGAGAUGAUUCUGGCGUGGAGACAUGUGCCAAGAACUUUGUGCCUGGAGACUUCUUCACCCAGGACCCCCAGGACCUCCAAGACAUACCCUUCCCUGGGCCUGAGCCGUGCUUUCUGGAGGUCUGUAACCAAGCUCGGCCUUCAUACAAAGCCCAGAAUGCCCCCAUGUGACUUCACCCCGGAAAGAUACCAGUCCCUUCCCUAUGACCGUGUCCUGGAGAUCCACAGGCGACAUCUUUCUCCUCUGAUGACGGCCUACUUUUCCAAGCCUUUGCUGCUCCACCAGGGGCACGGGCAGUGGCUCUUUGAUCACGAGGGAAACAGAUACCUGGAUUUCUUUUCUGGGAUUGUCACUGUCAGUGUUGGUCACUGCCACCCGAAGGUAAAUGCAGAGGCACAAAAGCAGCUCGGCCGCCUGUGGCACACAAGCGCCGUCUUCUUCCAUCCACCAAGCCAUGAAUAUGCCGAGAAGCUUUCAGCGCUCCUUCCUGAACCUCUAAAGGUCAUUUUCUUGACCAACAGUGGCUCCGAGGCUAACGACCUAGCCAUGCUGAUGGCCAGAGCACACUCCAAGAACGCAGACAUCAUCUCUUUCAGAGGAGCCUACCACGGAUGCAGCCCUUACACCCUCGGCUUGUCAAACGUAGGGCAGUUCAAGAUGACUCUCCCCAGUGGGAUGGGCUGCCAAUCAACAAUGUGCCCAGAUGUUUUCCGUGGCCCUUGGGGAGGAAGUUGCUGCCGGGAUUCUCCAGUGCAAACGAUAAGGAAAUGCAGCUGUGCCCCAGACUGCUGCCAAGCUAAAGACCAGUACAUCGAACAGUUCAAAGAUACUCUGAACACUAGCGUGGCCAAAUCAAUUGCUGGGUUUUUUGCAGAACCAAUUCAAGGGGUGAACGGGGUCGUUCAGUACCCGAAGGGGUUUCUGAAGGAAGCCUUUGAGCUGGUGCGAGAGCAGGGAGGCCUGUGCAUCGCGGACGAAGUGCAGACAGGAUUUGGGAGACUGGGCUCUCACUUCUGGGGCUUCCAAACCCACGGUGUCCUGCCAGACAUCGUCACCAUGGCUAAAGGGAUUGGGAACGGCUUUCCCAUGGCAGCAGUUGUGACAACUCCAGAGAUUGCCACGUCGUUGGCUAAAUGCGUUUUGCACUUCAACACCUUUGGAGGGAGCCCCAUGGCCUGUGCCAUUGGAUCAGCUGUGCUCCAGGUGAUUAAAGAAGAAAAUCUACAGGAAAACAGCCAAGAAGUUGGCACUUACAUGUUACUGAAGUUUGCUAAGCUGCGGGAUGAAUUUGAAAUUAUUGGAGACGUCCGCGGCAAAGGCCUCAUGAUAGGAAUAGAAAUGGUGAAGGAUAAGAUGAGCCUCCAGCCUCUUCCCCGUGAAGAAGUCAGCCAGAUCCAUGAGGACUGCAAACGCAUGGGACUUAUCAUUGGCAGAGGUGGCAUUUUUUCUCAGACGUUCCGCAUUGCACCCCCAAUGUGCGUCACUAAAGCAGAAGCUGAUUUUGCAGUGGACGUAUUUCGUUGUGCGGUAACCCAACACAUGGAAAGAAGAGCCUUAUAAAAUUUAAAAUAUAAGAACCCACAAGCCUCAAGAACUUCCCACUUACAUCCAAGAGCUAAUGUGAGGAAUCUCAGAACCCCCAGUAUGAGUUGUGAAAGCUGACUGUCUGCCAGCCAUGUUGGUUAAUGAGGAGAGCCCCAGUGUUGCUGAGAAAUCCUGCAGGGAAGGGUCUCUCUCCCUGGCUGCUCAGAGAAUGAGUCCUAACUAGGCUAGGUCAGUUAUGGUGAUUUGGUUCCCCUUUGCGAGGACUGGUUUGUACAUGAUCCAUGACACAUUUUGGAACCAUGAACCCUGAAGGAAAAUGGUGGCGCAAGUGCCUUCAGGGAUAGGUUUCUUCACCCUUCAUUCUUCAUCGCCAGAAGAGAUGUGUUCUUGCACUGAAGCAUCCCAUGUCACGAUGGGACUGAUCACGCCACGUCAGCCACUUUGGGGCCACGAGACCAAAGCUCCUGCGCUGAGGUCAGAAGGCAUUAGGAAGAGGAGUCCACAGGGAGGUCAGUGAGCCUCUGACGUAACCAACCUGGAGCAACCUGAUGAGGGCAGCGGGGCGGGGGGCCUUCUUGUGAUAUGAGGUAAUAAAUUCAUGGUAUCGCACAGGCCUUUGUUAUUUAAUGUUUC